AGAGGAGUGGAGCGCGUGAGUGAGACUGAGCUCUGUGUGGUGGUGGAAGCGGCGGCGGUGUGUUAAGCCUCUCGUUUUAUGCUGUGGGGGUGCACGACACACGUUUUUAGUCGCACUUCUCCAACCUAUAUUCAACUAACUUUUUUCUUCCUCAGGGGAGAUUUCUAAUUAAACGGAAUAUAUUUUUGAGGAGUUCAGCACUGUCAGAAUCCGAAAAUCAUGUCGGCUUCGGCGGCGAAAGUCGGUAGAAAGGAGCAGAACUCAAACCAUGACGGAGCGGACGAGACCUCCGAAAAAGAGCAACAGGAAGCUAUCGAACACAUCGAUGAAGUACAGAAUGAAAUUGACAGAUUGAAUGAACAGGCAAGUGAGGAGAUUUUAAAAGUAGAGCAGAAGUACAAUAAGCUACGCCAGCCAUUCUUCCAGAAGAGGUCAGAACUCAUAGCCAAAAUCCCCAACUUCUGGGUCACAACGUUCGUCAACCAUCCACAAGUCUCAGCCCUGCUUGGUGAGGAAGAUGAGGAGGCACUUCACUACCUUACCAGGGUGGAGGUCACUGAGUUUGAGGACAUCAAAUCAGGUUACAGAAUAGACUUUUACUUCGAUGAGAAUUUUUACUUUGAAAAUAAAAUCCUGUCGAAAGAGUUCCAUUUGAAUGAAAGCGGUGACCCAUCCUCAAAAUCAACCGAAAUCAAAUGGAAAGCUGGAAAGGAUUUGACGAAACGUACUGGCCAAACACAGAAUAAAGCGGGUAAAAAGAGGCAACAUGAGGAGCCGGAGAGCUUCUUCACAUGGUUCACUGAUCACUCAGACGCAGGAGCAGAUGAGCUUGGCGAGGUUAUCAAGGAUGACAUCUGGCCCAACCCUUUACAGUACUACCUGGUACCAGACAUGGAGGAUGAAGAAGGUGAGGGAGAGGAAGAUGAUGAGGAUGAAGAGGAAGAGGGUCUGGAAGACAUUGAUGAGGAAGGAGAUGAAGAUGAGGGAGAGGAGGAUGAUGAUGAGGAGGAUGGCGAAGACGGAGAGGAUGAUGGAGAAGAUGAUUAAACGUCACGGGGACCUAUUCCAAUUACUUUCAUACCCGUUUUUUCCCCUUUGACCUGUUCAUCCUUCAACCAUUGGGAGCAAAAGAGCUUUUUUGUUUUUGUUGUUUUUUUGUUUGUUUUUAUUUUGUUUUGUUAUGAAUUUUGUGCUCCGUCUUUUAUUCUACUGAAGCCUCUCCUGUCCUUACCAUGUCUAAUACAAGUUAAUUCCCUGGACAUGCCUGCAUUGGAAAAUUGGUGGCAGUCUCGUUGCUGAAGCCUCUUGCAUCAUUUUCAAUUACCACACCCAUCUCCAAAGACAAUAAGAAUUGUUAACCAUCUGCACGUCAUCUUAUGUAGAGUAAUUAAGUAAAAUAGCAGUUUAUAUAUAAGUAAGUACAUUUUUCUGUGAAUGGUUGUGAGUUGAAUAACGAUAAGCCAUGGUGCAGUGAUGACCUAAUCAUAGAUAAAGUAGCCACAUUUGUUUCCUUUUCUCUUUUUUUUUUUUUUUUUUUUUCUUCAGUGCAGAGGUAAGCCCCAUGAGUUGACACUGUUUUUCCUAUGUGUUUUGGACAAAUGGGAAGCACCAGCUUGUUGUCACCUCUUGUAAAUUUCUUUGGGGUCAAUAUCAGGGUACAACAGUCAUUGUGGACAGUUAACAAGGGUUGGGUGGGGCAAGUGGGCAUUUGACACAUCAACAUUUGGGUUUAUGUUGAUUGAAGUUUCAUUGUAAUGUUUUACAGACACCCAUGAGGUUUGAAAUUUACAUUUUUAAUAAAAACAAAACACAAAAAAAA